AUGGGUAUAACCAAAUUUGCGAUCAAUGAUGAGGCCGUGAACGAGGUCACAAAGUCUAUUAACGAUCUACCUUGGUCAGUCCAUCAAGGCAAUUGGAUAAUAAUUGCAAAGUUAUUCUCAUCAAAUGGUGAAGUUUACGAUAUUCGAGAAUAUAUUCACUCCAGUGAUACUGUUCGUGGAAAAAUUUCAAUAUCUUCAGGAGACGAUCAGGUUGCUAUUUAUUAUUCAAGUGAAGUUGAAAAAGAUAGAUUAGUUGUUCACAACGCACAAUGUAGUAAAUUUAGUUUUACUAACAAAUGGGAUAACAAUUUAUUCAAUAUCGAUUCGAAAAAUCCUCUUCUCAAUCAUGUACUGAUGACGGGCCCUUCGAUUUUAUUCAGAAUCAACGGAAAGCGAUUAACUUGGACACAAGGAAAUGAUGCAAAUAUAAGAGGAUUCCCAGUCCAUUCUGCAAAGACAACGUUCAACGAAAAUCUUGAAAUUAUUUACUACCAUAAAACUCAUCUGAUUUCGUCUGUAUUAUUGAAAGCAAAUCGGUUACAACUAAAGGGUACGGAUUCAUCUUUUGAUGUAACUGAAAAAGAAGAUUUUUACAUUGAUAUUUACUCAAUUACGGAAACAAAGGAAGAUCUUGACAAAUCAAUAACAGUCACACCAGGAAUCGGUUGUCCUUUUUCACUCAUAUCAUCUAAAUCAUCAGACUGGUUUCCAGCACCAGAAAUCAACAGAUUAAGUUAUCAUUUUACUGCAAAAUUAACUGUUGAUGGACCCCAAAAGUCCAUCACUUUUAGUGAGAUGUUCGUUAAUAGUAAAGCUAGAACUGCUAUUCAAAAAACAAUUGAACAAGGGAAAACAAUCGAAUCCCUAUACGAUUAUAAUUUAGGAACCAUACAUUCGUCUCAGCGAAAAGGAAGUUGUUCAGUCUCUGGAAUUGGGCCAAAUAGUCCAGGAAUGAGUGCUCACAAUACAUUCACUGCGGCUGCUUUACUCAACUAUGAAGAUUAUUAUAUACAUUAUAAAUAUCUUGGUAAAGUUUUUAUCAGAUCAGGAUACGAAGCUCAUGUUUGGGAAAGGGUUGAUCACGAUUACGAGUUCCAGGGAGAAAAGCAUGAUAAAUUCGUAACCAAUCAUUAUUUUGUUCAGUCAGCUGAUGCAAAGUUAUUCAAAGGUUUUACUCUCGUGAGAACUACAACAAAUAGUUAUAAAAAAGUGAACAACGAAACUUAUCACUUGAUCGAAACAAGAAUGAAAGAUUACUUUGGAUUAGAGAAAACUGAAUCAAAUCACGAUUAUGAAACUGAAGCAUCUUUACGUUACAGUGAUUGUUAUCCUGAUUCAAAGGAUCGAAAGACUUUUGCAAUUUAUUUCAAGUGCUUGUACGAAAAUGAAGGUCAUGAAGGUGACUGUAUCGAGUAUGGAGAGAAUCACCAAAUUGAAUUCAUUGAGCUGAUUAAAGAAUAUUUGCUGGAUCGUGAUAUUUCCCCUUCACGUGUAGCCAAUAUCGAGCUGGUUUUUAACGAAAAAAAUAUGAAAGCUUUAAUAACUUUUUUGAAGAUUCCAAAUAUCGAAGAUAGCUUACAAAGAACUAGAAUGCUAUUGCCUGAGAAAAUGAUUUCCAGAUCACUUCGAACCACUGCAAAAUCGACGGUCGAUUGUCUUCAUCAACACACUGGACUCAAUGGUGCUCAAGCGGUCGUGUUUUGUAAUUCUCAAGAUGUUAGCUCAAUUAUAUGUGGAUGGAUUGAAGAUGAUGUGACAAUCAAAGAAGAUGAGGAUGGUUUACUUUGUGAUAUAUUUUAUAUAACCUCAAGCUUUUCUCAGUUCAGAAAAGAAAUUCAUCUUGAUAAAAUGGAGGAGCGUUUUCAUCGCAAUGCUCUGCAGAUCUAUUUUACCAGAGAUGCAUAUAUCUCUUACAAAUCGACAAAAGUAGUUGAUGUUACUGCUGAGUUAUUGAAUGGUCAAAAUAAAGACUCUUUCAUUCUGGUUGCAGCGCGUAAGAGGCUGAUUAACUCUAAACCUGACGUAAUAUUGGCACAAAAUGUUUCCAAUUUUGGUGAUUGUUAUCAUACUUGUGGUCAUGAUGAUGUUAGUCUUUGUGAGACUUUCGUAUUUUGUCAAUAUACAGAUAAAUCUUCUUGUUUUACAUCAAAUAUUAUUUAUGCUAAUCUAUCUUCACAAUCGACCGAAGAUGAAUAUUGUAAAAUCUAUUCAAAGAAUCGAUUAUUGGAUUAUAUUAAGAUAUCUUCGAGAGAGUUCAAACAAUCAACUAGCAUCGCUAUUGAUGUUCCGCUCGAUGAUUGUGCUUCAAUGUGCAGUUCAUCUGAUGAGUGUUUCUCAUUCCAACAAUGCGGUGGCUCUUGUACUUUGAAUGGAUUUUAUACUGACUCAAUAUCAAAGGAAAGCUCUGACUGUAAUAUUUAUAUUCCAAAAGUUUCUCAACAAUUUAUAUCAACUGGACGGAAAAUCGUAUCUGAAGUUUUUCACACGGAAGUUAAUCUAAAUUUGGAUCAAUGUGCUGCUCUUUGUCACAGUUGGACAAACACAAACGAAUCUUGUGUAUCAUUUAAUUAUUGUCCUAAAAAUGGUGAAAUAAGCUCAUGUAGCUUAUCAAAAUAUUCAACCAACGAUAAAUCAGCUACUUCGAUUGAUUCAGGAGUUUGUAAGAAUUAUGAAAACAAAGAUUCACAAUUGGAUAAAGACAAAAUUCAUGAAGAUGAGAUUACUACUAAAGGGACCAGUGGAGUAGCUGCGUUCGGAAUAGUCAUAUUGUUCAUUACUGUUGGACUUUUACUUGGAUUCAUUUUUCCAAUGCUUAUCAAUGAAGAACUUAAGGCCACUGUAUCCCGGAAAAUGACUUUUUUAUCUCCAUCAAAACGAGAAACAAACUCAUUUGAAUGGACAAAACAAAUUGAUCAAAAUGACGCAUAAAUCGUGGUAAAACUUUUUGUCAGUACUAUUUUUUUUAUUCGAAUUCUAGUUAUCCAGAACUAUAUUUUUCUACAUCCAAUUGUCAUUCAAUGUAAACUCAAAGCCAUUGUCCCGAUAUGUCAACUAUUUUAUGAACGAUAUUAAAAAUUUAUUCUAGAAGCUUAUAUCGGCAAAAAGG